CUGCAUAGAUUGUAAUUCAAUUAUUAAAAAUGGACAUAGAGUACGUACCUAAAUAAAAGAGUGUACAGAGGUCUUAAUGAUCAUCAAGAAAUCUUGCUUCAAACCAGCUAUUACUCGAGCUAUGUAGCUUAUAUUUCCUGAGAUCAAGGCUAUUCUUGUAGAUUUAUAUGUGGCAAGAGAGCUUACAUAAUUCCGAACUAACCUUAUUAUAGAAAAAUAGUACAAAGCUUAAGGUCAAUGGUGUAUAGCUGGUUUACAUCCGCGAACCCUGAAGAAGCAGGUGAUCAGAGAAGAUUCGAGGCUGUCUUCAGAGAAAAACAGCUUAAUUACAUUCGAGAAAACUGGAGUAUCCUGACGUUCUAUCUCAGAAUCCUGAUCUUAGUCGUAGCAGCCUUGCUAAGCAUCAACAGUGAGAACUCUACAAUCUUUCUAGUAAGGACCAUCACUCUGAUCCUGCUGAUAUUCUUCCUAUGAGUCUUCCAAAAGGCAGUCGACAAGUUCGAUUGGGCUGCCAAGUACUCCGGGCCGAUCUUCUCAAUGAUCAUUGUGGUUGCAUUCACUGAGAUCAACGCGGCUCUGAGUCAGUACAGGCUCUAUGAAGGAUUCAUGACUCAGAUCUCACUAAGCUUCCUGAUGUCAGUGUGCAUGUCCACAAAUUGGGUGCUGGCGACCCUCCUUUUAUUCGUAUCCUACCUCUAUUAUAUAAUCAGGAUGAUGACAACAUUCGAUAAUAUUCCGCAUGAAUUAGUGAUUGCUCUAGUUGAAACCUGUAUUUUCUACGCCUUAGGGACUUACCUCAAUUCUCGGACUCUGCAAAGAGAAGUUUCAGCAAACUGAAAAGCUGAAGAAUCUUCGAAAGAGUUCAAGCAAGUCUUGAAAUGCUUACCAGAUGGGGCCUUGCUCGUAGACAACAGCAAACUAAGAUUGAAGUUCUACAACUCCCAGCUUGUGGAAGAUUUUGAUAUCAAUCUUUUUUGUGAGCCUGAGAGCGAGUUUCCGGGCUUCGCUGACCUCAAAGACCAAAUCAACCUUGAAUUUUAUAAAACUCUUCAGAAAAUCAAAGAAUCAUCUGAAGUAAACAAGCCCGAAGCUGACGAUGCCCAGUGCCCGUUGAGGAAGUUCAAGAUUAUUCAAAAUAGUAGUAUCUCAAAGAAGGAUUCCUCCAAAGAUAUGAAUUCUAGAAAUUUUGGCCACAAAGUUGGCUACACCACAUUUUUAGAGCAUGAAGGGAACUCCUUGAUGAUGAAAACUCAAAAGCUUGGCAGUCCUGACGACAUGAAGCUGAAUGAGUUCCUUGACCUUGAAAGAUGCAAGCUUGAAAAAGAAAAAGAGAACGAAAGAGAGGCUAAAAUCUCUGUUUACUUCGACGACUUCAACUUCAUCGAAGGCAUAGAGAUGAUCAGGAGGGAAUUCGUCAUCAAAACUCGGAAAGUUCAUACAAACGACCCUAACGAUCCUUAUACUUCAAUGUAUCUCCAUAUUCUGAGUGAUACUACCCAGAUUACUCAACUUGAGGAGCAAAAGGCUCAGAACAAGUACCAGAGGCAGAUGCUGGCCAAUGUCUCUCAUGAGUUCAGGACCCCUCUAAACGCAAUGACACUGAGCCUGGCCCUUCUGAGAAGACAGAUCCAUGGGGAUUCAGCUAAGUUACUCAGAAUAGCUUCAUCAAGCUGAGAUAUUCUAAGAUCCCUCGUUGAAGACAUCCUUGACCAUGCCAAGAUCGAGUCAGGGGUGUUUGAGAUUCAAGAUAAAGUGUUCAAGUUCAACACACUCAUGGACGAAGUUAGAGACAUCUUCGAGCUGCAGGCUCUGAGCAAAAAGAUAGACCUCACCUUCUACAUUGCACCAGAAGUUGAUAACUUGUUCGUGAAGACGGAUAAACAGAGAAUAAAGCAGGUCUUGCUCAACCUGAUCUCAAACUCCUUGAAGUUCACAGACAGAGGGACAAUCCGGAUUAGCUUGACAAAGAUAAACCCGAGUGAUGAGCGCUCCCUCCGCAGAGAAGAGAUAAAAGAGGAGUCCAAAGAUUGCCAAAGAAGCUUCCUUCAGCAUGGAUCUGCUAGGUUAGAUUCCCACCUGUCAGAAGAGAGUGUCAACCAGGAAUAUACCUGUAGACCUCAUUUACCAAGAGUCAGCAAAUAUUCUACGUAUCCUGACAAUAGAGCUGGCCUCUUAAAUGGCAGAUCAAGAUCAAACUCAGACCGUGAGGAGAAACCUCUAUUUGAGCCAUAUAGAAAGCUAAAGUUUAAAUUAACAGUUUCAGACACAGGCAUUGGGAUCCCGAGGAGCGACCAAUCCUCACUCUUUAAGUUAUUUGGCAAGACCAGCUCCAACCAUAACCGUAACAAGACCGGCUGUGGUCUUGGUCUUACUAUCUGUAGGAAGAUCCUUCAGAAGUUGGGAGGAGAUAUCACCCUUGAGUCUGAAGAAGGACGAGGAACAAAGGUCACUUCCGUAUUUAAAUGAAUGUAUUAGAGUUCUCGAUAACCAUUCUUGAUAAUAAAACAUUUAUUUUA